AUGUCGGGUGCUGCCGCCUCCAGCUCCUCCUCUGCCGGGUUUCUCCCGGCUUCGCUCGCCGCCCUCCUCUCGCUCCCGCUUGACUCGGCCACCAUGCGGCCGCCGCAGCUCGGGACCAGGAGCGUUGGCUCGUUUUUCUCCAACAACUCUCCGGCUCCUUCAUCGCCGGGGCUUGCGCAGACGGUUCAUACGUCGAGCGCCUCUUCACCCGCCCCGUUGUCCGGCAUCAUCGCGCCUCUGGCCUUCGCGCCCGAGGCCACCUCGUCGGCUGUCACGGCGGGCCUCAUGCCAUCCGCGCCUCAGGCGGGAUUCACUCCGGCAGCGCCCGUUGCCUCCCUCUAUGGGGCAUACUCGCCGCCGCCGCCCGCGGGUUCCAAUCCCGUGGUCCCGCCCGCGCCGCCCGCCCCUUCCCCCAUCGCGUACGCGCCUCCGGCAGGUGCCUCCACGGGAUCAUUGCCUCCACCAUUUCACUUCGGCAACCUCAUCACCGUCAAGCUCUCGUCCGACAAUUAUAUCUUCUGGCCUGCGCAGGUUCUUCCGCUCCUUGGGAGCCACUACUUGCUUGGCUACGUCAACACGGCACUUUUCCUUGCCCUCCCGCGCUGGUGGACAGCGUGA